CGAAAAGAAGAAAGGAAGAAAAAAAAAAAUCCCUAGCUCCUCUCCUCCUACUCGAUUCUUCUUCUGCCUCUCACCCUCUAUUUAUCGUCCAUCUCGUCGCCGGCGAGUAACUCGGAGGAAGGAAGAAACCCCUUCUCUCGUCUCUCUCCAGAGUUACAGAGGAUGGGGGAAGAAAGGGGGCCGCCACCGGCAGCCUUGGGUUCCGCCGGCGGCGAAGACGACGAUGAUAUAAGGGAAACCCUUUUCGGGAAGAAGAAUGUUUGCUGUAGGGUUGCCGCCGCCCUCUGGAUGCUUUCGUCUGUUUUUGCGAGGAAUGGGAAAUGGAAGUGCAGGGAAGAAGAUGAAAAAGAAGAAGAAGAAGAAGUGACAAAGUGGUUCCCUGUUUCUGUCUAUUGCCUCUGGCAAGAACAAGGAAGAAGA